CAUCCCACGCGCCCCCGCCCCCCUUUCGGACCCUCUACUCGGCAUAUUCGUGCCCUCCGGAACCGACAAGAUGAACGGCGAAGACCCGCCCGAGCGGCCCGAGUACAUCACCAACAUCAUCAAUGGCCUCGAGCGCUACAAUCCCGAGGCGGUGGGCUCCCUCGAGGGGUACCUGACGGAGCAAUGCGAACAGAAGACGUGCGACAUGAACGCCAACCGGACGCUGUUGAAGCUGUACCAGCUGAACCCCGACCGGACAAAGGACGAGGUCGUCACCAACAUCCUCGUCAAGGCCAUGACGCUCUUCCCCUCGACACAGUUCUCCCUCGCGCUGCACCUCAUCAACCCGUCCGCGGCGGCCACCGGCGAGCUGCACGAGGCCCUGACCAAGCUGCGCGCGCUCAACUCACAGCUCGAGGGCGCGCAGUACGCGCAGUUCUGGGCCACGGUGGACGGCGACGACCUGUGCGCCGACCUCAUCGCCGACAUCUCGGGCUUCGAGGACAUGAUCCGACACCGCAUCGCGCAGCUCGUCUCGCAGGCCUUCCGCGAGAUCAAGCUCACGCACCUCGAGUCGUGGCUCGGCCUCGGCGAGGACGCCACCAAGAAGUUCGUCAUGGAGGUCUGCGGCUGGGGCGUCGACGGCGACGGCAACGUCAAGAUCCCCUCGAACCCGGACAACGAGGCCAAGAAGGCCGAGAUUCGUGAGGACGUCAACGUCGACCAGUUUGCGAGGGUGAUUCGGCGGUCCUGGGAGGAGACUGUAUGAGCGGAGUGGUUGCAGCGGCGCGGGGGCCGGAAGAACGACCGACGCGGCAACGGGCGGGGCAAGAAGCAAGCGCCUUUGUUUACGACGGCAAAAUGGUUAUGUCUCAUGGGAUGUGGAAAAGGAAACCUAUUGCCUAUCAAGCAUGAUGGCGUGAACGUGGCUUGCCAGGGAACUAGCAUCCAGUGUACUGGCGUUAUAUAGGAACAUGUCGUUGAAACCACGCACAAGCGACGCCGAGAUCUAGACGCCGCGUUAAACGCAAUAUCUUGAAGAUCGUCAUGGCUCAGAGACUAAUCACCGCCAUUUGUCUA